GGGGGGGAUAUCUUGAUGUCGGGAAGGACUCUUAUAAAUAAUAUUAGCUAUUUUCCUUAGAUUUAAGGAAACCUGUAUGAUCCAUGGGAAUUUAACACUUUAAAUAAAAACAACCCUAAUACGUAUAAUUCUAGAAUAUUUGCUAACUACCCAGGUUAGACACAAGAGUAUAUCGCUGGAUGUCUUUCUUUAGCUACAGUUAUGCUGUAUAAUUUGAGUGCUAGCACUUUGUGGCAGUGGUUUGGUGUGUGAGUUACAACCACAGGAAAACAGUGGCACCAAGGAGGGGGGCGCUUGCCACUUGGCCUGACACCUCAGUUGUAACUACGACUAGUGUGGGUUCAUCCCACUAUUCUCACUCCUCGCUCUAAAACACUCAUACCCAAAGGAAAAUAAUAUUUGUGAGCUAUUUAAAGUGACCAUUGUUUUCGCUUUUCCACAUGCGGCUGCAUCUUCUCAUAGUUAUCUGAAAAUAAGAUAUACAUCGCCAAUUAGCCAUUGUGAAGGUGUGUGUGUUACGGAGAUGGGAAGUAGCGUUGCCACACAAUUUAGAUGUUCCUGUUGGCGACAUUACCUAGCUUAUCUACGUCAUUGGCCGUGGGUGUUGGGGUCCGUUUUGCUGGCUGUGGCUCCCUUCAUCUUACUGGCCUCCCUCAAGACCACCGCUCCUCCCUAUCACCAACAUGUCUGUCAUUUCCGCUCGCGGGCGCUGUGGUCGGGGUCACCGCUUGCGGCCAUACAGUCAUUUGUGUGUAACCUUCCCAACACCUGCUACCAGGAGGGCCAGGAUGACCUCCUCGACCACUACCCGGGUGCUCCGAUCAACGCCUUGUUGAACUCGUCGCUACGGUGGGACGAUACUGGAGGAGGUGGCAUUGUGGGGUUGAUGACUGACCUACCCACCAGCCUCGACCGUCUCACCCAGGUGGCUGACAUUCUCACCAACCCCAACCUCACCACACUCAUGGAAAAGGGGCUGCAGGUCCGUGACAUCAUCAAAUCCCCGGAUUAUCUGGCCCAGGAGCUGACAUCCAUCCACCACCUGGAUCCCGGUGUUGUCUCAGCUCUCCUAGAAGCCAAAAUCAAUGUUUCCAGGGUCAUGUCACUGGUCGGCUACCGUAACGUGAAAGAGGUGGUAUGCUCGCCAGAACAGCUGAGUCAGUUCCUGGUGACUCUGGUUAGGUCACAGGUGGAUAACAUCUCAAUGAGUUUGUGUGACCUGCCCAUCAAUCAGGCUGCUAACAUCUCGCAAGUUUUCGUAGACUCGCUUGAUCCUGGACCACUCUUUGACAAGGUAUCAGAGGUACUAGAGGCCAUUGGAGGUUAUGAAGCAGAACACCUUGUGCGUCAGGUAGGAGCUCUGCUGGCCUCACUGGGUCGCCUGGAGGCCCUGGCACCCCUCACUACUACCCUCAACACACUUUCCUCUGCUCUCAAACCACUCAUUUCUGCCCUCAACACCCUUACUGCCUCUGCCUGGGAUUUUAACAGUCUGAGUAAGCUGAUGCGCAUUGCGGAAAGUUUGAGUACUGCCUCCACCUUGUCCUCAUCCACCCGUUCUGGCAACACAUCUGCCCUUCAUACUGCACGCUCUGUCAGCCUUCUCAUCUCCCCACAGAAUGUCUUUACAGUAGCUGCUGAAGAGGAGUUGAAUGAUCCAUGGGUGGCAAUGUUGCAGGCAAUGGGAUUGACUCUAGGCUCGGUUGGAGAGGGUAUAGGAUGGGCAGCAGAGGUGAUGCAGCAAAACCCAAGCUCCCACACCCUUCUGACACUCUCCUCUACGCUGUUGCCCACACUACUCCAACCUAUGCUCCUCACCCCUGACAGGCUUGGGGAGGCACUUGAUAAUGCCACUGCCCGAAUGCUGCCAGAGGUGGGUAAACCCAUUACCCACAUGUUGACUGCUCUCUACCCCACCAUACUUGUGGCCACCAACCUCACGCAGGCCUCAAACAUCAUGUUGUCUUGGAUGGUGUCAGAGCCUCGGUUGCCCAUGAACUUCAGUCCCAUACUGAUAAUAACACACUCCAAUUUCUUCCAUAUGCAGAAAUCAAUAACAGAAGAAAGAUUGGGUGCCUGGGCAUGUGACAGAACCUCAUGGCCUGGUGUCAGCGAUGAUUACUGGCUGGUAGUACAGGCAAAGUUCUGUAGUGAGGCUGGAGCCAGAGAUCUCCAACAAAUUACAGCACUUCUCAAGACUCCACUCAACAACCAGUCACUUGUGGUGGAGCAAAUCCUGUCUGAUGGCCCAGUGAGUGCAUCACAAGUCAUCCAGAGUCUAAUUAGGCUGUGGGAGGUGAUUCAGUCCUCUGCAAACCUCCUGAACCGUCUUGAACUUGAUCAUGCUCUGAACUCUUCUGAGGGAACCAGCAAGAGGCGAAAGAGAUCAAUUUUAGAUGAAGUCAGUUCACUCGUGUCUGAGCUGCCUCCUGGAACACAAGAUAAUAUUGAGGCUUUUCAGAACGAGGCUCAGCUCUUCAAAUAUAUCAUCCAAAACCUGACAAUGCUGUACCUCAGCCUGACAAGAGAUGCAUUGCUGGGAGCUGAGGACCUGCAGGAGGCUGGCUACCACUUGCCUGUUCUCUACACUCUCUUCAACUCUACCACAUCUGUGGAAACUAUUGCAAAAGUGACAUCAUCAGCGGUGGAAUCAUUGGUGUACCUGGUGAUCGUCUUCCAGCAGCCCUGGCACCUGAGUGAUCUCAUACUCAAUAAAAACUUUAAAUCACUCCUCUCCAUGUUGCCAGCCAAUAUGCUGGAGGUGACAGAAAAUGUAUUCAAUAUGAUGGAGAAGCCUAAAUUACUGAAGGUUCCUGCACCACUCCCUCAGUUGGUGGAGGUUCUCAAUGCCUCCUAUAAUGCCCUCAGUACAGUCAUUAGUACUGGUGACCCAUGGGUGUGGUGUGUGGGUGGGUGUCCCCACACCAUAUCUGUCCUCCAUAGUGCGGCUCUAGUCCUCCCACGUCUUCUUGCCUUACCAUACCUUAUGAGUGUCUGUGGACUGACUUUACACAUGAACUUGGUGCAAAUGCUGAAUGAGACAUCCUGGCACUACUACCCCUGUGGUAAUGCCACCCUGGUUGAUCUCUUUCCUCCGGCCUCGGCUGUUGCUGAUCUUCCAGCCUCCUGGUCUAACCUAGAAACCAUCAAGGAAGAGGUCCAGGGCUUCGAGCAGUACCUCUGCCACAACAUGACUGCCAUCAUUGAUGAACUCACCUCUGACGCUGAGAUGACUCGAACCAUCAAAGCCUUGGCUGAGGACUUCACUCCUGGGGAAGUUGAGCUGGGUGCUACUCUUCAACUGAUGAGGUCCUUUGUGCAGUUGCUCACCUCCCUUAACCCUCAUGAGAUCCUCAACAAUAUCACCACUCCACAAGGCACUCCCAUCUUGCAAGAGUUCCAAGAUGCCUUCACACAAACUGAGAGCAUAGACCCACAGGUAUUUGUAAGCAUGGUCCUGGAGCUGGUGGAUCAGGGGGUAGAGUGGAUGGGAGGAGAUGCUCACACACAGCUAGUUGCCCACACAGUGCAGUACAUCAUGUACCAUGCCCAUGAUAUUGUUACUGCUCUCGCCAACCUCUUGCAAGAUGAAGUGACGUUGACUUCUGUUUUGGGUCUGCCAGAAGAUUACCAGCUGCUACAGGUGUUCCAUCAGGGACCUACAGGCACUGCCAACUUUAUUCUGCAGGAAAUGUUGGAUCUUGUUACUACCAAAUUCCUGAAUGUGCAGGAGGCAUGGGCUGCAUGGGGAGAGAGGGUGUGCAACCAGAGUGUGGGCGUGAGUAUGGUGGUGGAGGCAGUUUGUUACUACACCAUCAACCCACAUCCUCCACUACAUUUUCAGUCAAACUUCAGCAGUGCUGUUGCCAGGACUCUAACAGAGUAUCAAAAGUCAGAAAUUCAGGUCCCACAUAUUGGAGCCAGAGAACUCUAUGAACAGUGUGAAGUCCUCCUGGGUCAGCUGCAGAAGUCUGACUUCACCAAGUCAAUCAACGUUAGUGGUCUCGAACACUUGUGGAAUUCAACUGUAAAUGAGUCUCAAAUACUGCUUGCUGGACUCGCUGAUCUCCAGAAACAAUGGCAAUGGCUGGUGGUGGAUGCUGUACUUAGUCAAAGUGAAGAUCUGUGGAAGAUACUGAGCAAGUUCUAUACACUUAUGAGCUGGUACCACAACAGGCUGCCAGUUAAUUCAGGUAAUUUAACUGAAACUAUACCACCAUAUAUCGUCAGACUUCAUAAUGUCAUCAAUUCAACUUGGAUUGAUCUUCUGGAUGGUCUUGACCACAGCUUCCACCUCAAUGUAUCAUUGUUCAACCUUACCCUACCAGAAUUCUGCUCAUCAGUUUCCAGUCUUGAGGAAAUGUCAGGAAACAACAGCCAGUUCCAGGAGGCUGUGAGUGAGUUGUGCAAUCUACUCCCAGAGUUGACUCCAGCAAACCUCAAUUUGUGGCUUCAGUAUGAACAGCUGAUUAUUGACUUAGAAAAUAACACAUUGGAGUUUUCAUCUUCCAAAUUGAUGAGUUUGGUGAGUGUUGUACAAAAUCAGACCUGCAACGUGCUCCAGGCUUUUCUUACUCACAAAGAAGCUGACCAAAUGUUUUUCUGCGACUGGUCUUCUGCUUCCUUCUCACUACCGUUGCCUUCCUACCUGCUUGAAGAAAAUUGGAAUAUUUUGUUGGGAAGGAUUUCUGAAAGGCACACAGACAACAUCUUGGGAAGUGUGGUACCUGCAGUAACGAUGGUACUACAGUGGCUGGGAGUUGAACAAAACCAACUUAGCGAUUUUUUGAAGCUCUUCUCCAUUCAGAUGUCUGUUUUAAAAAGCUUCUUGGCACGUAACCUACAGGAGCUGCUAAAAGACUCGCCUGCAUUGUUGCAGCUAGCAGAGACGGUGACGCAGUACCUGCCUCCAGCACUGAAAGACAUAAUUAGCAUGGUCUCGAACAAACCUCAGUUGGUAGGUGAACUAUUGCCAUCACUUCAGAAGAGUGAGAACUGGAGCUCUGUGUGUGACUUUGACUUUCAACCUGUGGGUGAUGACUUCCACAUAUUUAUGAUGAGACUCUGUCAUGUUAAUCCUCAGGAGCUCCUCCAAGACUUGGAAGCGCUUGUUAAGCUCGACAUAUUACAGAGCAAUGAAAGCAUUACCAUUGAGGAGGUCAUGAACUCCAGCAUACUUACAUCCACACAACUAACUGAACAAGUUAAAGAUGGUUAUCUAAUUCAGAUGUUUAGUAAACCUCUUGAAUACUUGGGUGCCGAAAAUUGGACACUCUUGUCCAGCAUGGUAUUCAAUGUUACGGCAGAAGAAAUGUGGGACAAUAGCACCAUGAUCGUGGCUACUUUAUUAGAACCUUUGGUGGAACUAAGUCGUGAGUCCACAGAUCGUGGAGCAGCGGUUAAGACAGCAUUACAGAGUCUUGAUAAAUACCUCCGCUGGGGCAGGUUCCUCCUGGCACUCUCUCGUGGUGGUGAUAUUUGGAUGGGCAUAAAAGAGGCCUACAUUGACAAGCCACUUGUAAGUCAGUUCCUCGACAUGGUUCAAAAUCUACCUGAAUUUGUGUUGGAGUACAUCACUUUCUUUGGAAAUUUUUCCAUGAUGCCCCAGGACAUGUUGCUUUAUCAGGACACUCCUUGCAACUUUCACCUGUUUUUGAUUGAUGGACAUCGUGAUCUUUUAGCAGACAAUGCUUCCAGUAUUCUGACUGAGGUGUUGGAGUAUGUUUGUGAACAGCAUCAGAUGGACCUCUUUAUUUCUCAGCUUCUUCCUGACUCCUUGCCAGUCAUUGCUAAUGUAAGCAUGGAUGUGGAUGCAGCUACGCUGGCCCUUCUCAUAGACUACAUAGCCUGGGAUUUCGUUUACAUUAUUCAAGGCAAUUAUUUUGAGGGUGAUCUUCAAGCUCCUCCAUGGAUGGAUACCAACAAGUGGGAGAAAGUGCUUCUUGAAUUAAAAAGCUUGUCUUUCCUAAAUUGUAUAUCUCCAUGGGUCAGUGGAACAGAAUUCUCCCUCUGUUCAACUGGAGUUCUUGAUAUAGAUAUGCUACUGAAUGGUCUAGGCACUGUGGAGGCACUUUACAGUCUGGUUGCUCCAAGGAUAUCCAAUCUUGUGGCUUUGAUAUUAUGGUUCCCUGAAUCAGAGAUGUACUACAAUUUAGCAUCAGGAAUGUCUCCAUCUGUGGCUUACGAUGAGAUGUGUCAAAUAGGAGUGGAUAAAUCAUUACUUCAUCCAAAUCUUCAUGCUGAAGACUGGAAAGCUCUUCAAGAGUUGCUUUGCUCCGUUCAGUUCCAGACACUCUAUGAAGAUGUGAAGCCACUGUUUAAUACUUCACACAUUAUGACUGGCGUAACCAUCAACUGGAUGAAGAUCUACUUCAGUCUUGAUCAUCUAACUGAAAAAUUAAAGAUUUUGAAUCUUCAGCAGUUUGAAAAGCCUUUCAUCAAUAACCCUUUCCUGAUCGAGUUGAGGAACUUAUCAACUCUGCAGAAAUUUUUGCGUGGUGUAUUUAUUGGUAUAUCAGCCAUUCAGCAGUGGAGUUUGAGGAAUGAUGAUCCAUCCUACAAGCAUAUUUUUGCUAAGAUACUUAUUAGAGUUACUGCAGCACUCACACCCAUCACCAAAGAUGGAGUUUCCAGCCUGUAUGAGAGACUUUUAGACCCUCAACUGUUUAAGGAACUACUGAAGAACUACUCCCAUAUUGUUGAAGACAUUCAUAGGACUGAAGCAAACAUGAGUCUUCAGUUGCAGCUGAAUAGGUCUUCCCUCUUGGAUGAAAUGGAAUAUGAUUUUUUUGUUGCUGAGAAUUCUACAAAUAAAUCAACAUAUCUGCUCCUGCUCUCAGAGUUAAGGACUUCCAUUCUUAACCUAACAAAAUCAGUAAUGCCACCAAACAAGACAUCAGAAAUAGCUGUAACUGGAGACAAUUUUCUGACGACUGUUACUUCAAAUUUGGUGCAAAAUGUAGAGGAAGUUCUUCAUGUUGCGAAAAUACCACUUUGCUCUUAUAUCUCACCAAGUGAGGAGAUGAUGGUUUCCCUGCAACCUGUAGCAAAAUGGCUCGCUUUACUCUACAAGCAUUUGCAACAGUGGGACAACUAUGUUAACCUUACCUGUGAAGUCUCCCAAACCGACCUCACAGAUGUACUCGUGAGACUUUUACAGGACUUUGAUUGGGAAGAUGAUAUUAAACAAAUGAAAAAUGAAGAAGCAAAUCAAACUUUCAGCUGUGAGUUUAUCUUCGAGCAGUGUGCAAACAUCAGUGAGCAGGUAAAGGAUUUAGCAACACAUUACUUACAAGAUGAAGAAGCUGUGCAGCACCUCUCGACCUGCCUAGUUUCUGCUACCAAUUCUACAGCUGGACUCCAGUUCCAAGGAAUUUUGACAGUAGCUGGAGACUUAUUUGGUUUGGAAUCAAGCAAGAAUAUAUCAUAUGUACUCUCAGAUGCCAUCGCAUCCUUACCUGGUAUAUCAUUAGCUCUUCGAACCCUUGGCUCUAGAGUGGCAGUGAUGAUCCCUUUUGAGAAUAUCCUCAUAGACAACUAUGAAACAACUUUAAACUUCAGUACAAUGGUUAUAGAUGCCAUUAAGAAUGACUUAUUAGUGGAUGUCAAUCGUAUUUAUGGGGCUGAUUCUCAAAGGCUUACAAGCUUACUGUCAUCUCUUGAGAAUAUGAAGAAGUGGCUUCGAGUUAGAAAUAAAACAGAAGCAACAAAUAAUAUUUUCAAAAGGAGUGCACAAGUUACACCGAUUGAGAUGUUAUACCAAGUUAUCCAAGACAUGGGUCAGGAGUAUUUUACCAGAAACCUCAUAGGAAAUCUUAAUUACACCUAUCUAAAUACUGAGAUUGAGACCAUAAGAAUGCAAGCUCUGCUGUCCUCAAACUGGGUUAACCCUGUGAUGAUACACAUGAAUACUGCUGUUGCCAGCCUCUCAGAGCUCAGCAAGUUGGGGGCUGUCAUGGAUCUUAACAAAAUCAUUACAGGGGAAGUUGACCCAGUGACCUUCCUGACAGGGUCAGUGCAGCUAUUACAGAUGAAACUCUGGACUAACUUAGCUCUGAGCUUUAGUGGCAUCUUAGGAGAAGCUGUACCAGUUAUUACAGGAUCUGAGUUGGGGGAUGACCUCCAGCGUGUAGUGGACGGCAUUAACACACUCCAGGCAGCCAGGAACCUUGGCGUUGUUGACUUUACUAUACCAACAAUAUCCAUCAUUUCAAACUGGACAGACAUGCAGAAGUAUCUGGAAGAUGUCCUUCUGAUGGAUCCACAGGUUAUUGAAGCUCUCAAGGACUCUCAGCUUAAUCUUAUGGCUUUACUGUCUCUUGAAGAUGUGACCCUGGAAGAGGUUAUCUGCGGGGAGUCCCAAGUAGAGCGUGUGAUAACCCUCCCACCAGAUACCCAGGUCACAUCUGCCAUUCUCACUGCCUACAUUUGUAAAUCCAAUGACUCUCAAGGCCUUGCUGCAACAUUUUUGCAGCACCUCGAUCUUGCUCCACUCAUUGUCAUACUGACAAAAUGUGGACUGAACUCCAGCCUGUCGUCACACGGCAUGACCCUAGAGCAGGUGAUGGAUGCAGUAGACACUCUCGUUGAGGCCUCUACUUAUCUGCCUACUCUUCCCAACCUCAUUCAAAAAACAGCUCCUGAUUUCCUUGAGCGUGCUGGACAUGCUUUGUGUGGCCAUCCUCUUCAAUUGGUUCCGGAUAGUCUGGGACUUAUAAAGAAACACAAAGAAGACAUACAUGAACAAAAUCAUAAUAAUAAAAAUGUUUGUGGGGCACUCUAUGAUAAUAUCAAAUCAUUACCUGGUGGAGGAGUGCUUCUUCACUUCAUUAAACCACUAAUGGUGGGCAAGAUCUUCUAUACUCCAGACAAUAACAUUACCCAGGGCAUUAUUGCACAGGCAAAUGAGACCUUUGAGAUGGUUGAGAAGCAGUUAGAUGCAUUGAAGCAAUUACACAGAAGCACCACUCAGCUACUCACUGCAUCUACCAGGGACCUUGACUUACAGAAGCUGCAAGAAUCACUAGAGAAGUCAUGGGUUCAAGGCUUCAUGCAGCAAUUGCUUCCAGCUUCCUCAGUUACAUCAUUGCCUCAGCAGAUCAAGCAAGCCUCACCACAGCUUCAAGAUGCCAUGAAAUUUGCCAAGGAAUUCUCCUAUAUUGUUGAGGUGGGUGUGAAUCUCACCUCGUGUAUGGAGCUGCAGAGAUUUAUGCCUGUCAGCAAUGAAGAACAACUAUUAAAGAAGGCAAAGUAUACUGCAAAACACAAGGAGUUUCUGGCAGGUAUUGUGUUUGCUGGAGUCGGAGAAACAGGUGACACUGGAGGUAACCUUCCACAAAAUUUAACCUUCACCAUACGAGUAGACUCAGAGAAAAGUCCCUCAACAUUGUAUCUGGAACCAAGGUUUUGGAGUCCUGGACCAAAUACAAAUAUGGCUUUGGACAUGAAAUAUCAUCAGGGUUUCCUUCAGUUGCAGGAGGUUGUGGAAAAUGCCAUCAUAAAGUUUCAAUACAAACAUGGCAAUGAUGUCCGUAAUAUAGGAGCUGCUUCCCUAAAGAAUUCUAAUUCAUAUUUCUGGUCGGUAGUUGGUAAUGCAAGUAGAAAUACAAUGGAGAUCUCAGUUCCAAAUAGUUACAAGUCACAAUCAUCUGGAGUCAAUAAGUUGCCAAAGAAAAUUGAAUCUUUGGCUUUAGAGUCAAGGCGAACGAAAAGAGAAGCAUCGGCACCAUUAACCAAAGAUGAGGAGAAAAUUCUUCUCAGCUUGCCAGUUUAUACGAAGCAGCAGCCUUACCCAUGCUAUGACAAAGAUGAUUUUACAAAUAUGCUGAAUCUGUCUCCCAUGAUGAGUUCACUGUUCUCUUUGAUGGCUUUCACCAUUUUUGUUGUGUUCCUCAUCUUCCAGCUGGUGCAGGAAAAAGAGUCUCGAAACAGGCAGCUUCAGGAAGUGAUGGGUUUAAGGCUGUGGCUGGAUCGUCUGGUCUGGUUGUUUUACUCACUUUUGCUUCUCCUGCUCAUCACACUGCUGGUCACACUCAUUGACAAAUUUGGAGGUCUUCAGCCAAAUGUCAAUUUUGGUGUACUCUUCGCCUUUCUCUUCUGCUACGGGCUGAGCAUUAUUUCCUUUUGUUACAUGGUGUCCUGCCUGGUGCCAUCAACAGUGUUGGCUGUCUUUAUAGGAGUGAUGAGCUUGUUGGUGUUUAAUGUACCAUAUAUCUCAAUCUCAAUAAUAGAAGCCAAAACACCAUUCACCAUUAUUAUCCUUUCAUGUCUGCUACCAUCAUCAGCCUUUGGUUUUGGAUUUCGAGUUAUUUGUCAGUUUGAACUACUACAAAAAAGUGUGACCUAUAAUAACCUAUGGCUAGAACCAGUCAGAGGUUCAGACUUGACUCUUGGGUUGGCCAUCACUAUGUUGCUGGUUGAUUCUGCCAUAUUUCUCAUCCUAGCUGUCAGCAUCAGCAGUCUUAAAAAAGAUCCUCCCCAACAUUUAUCAACUUCUGGAAGAUCAGACCUGAACCCUCUGCCAACAUUCUCUGAACAGACAUCUCUCAAACAAUCCAAUGAAUUUACCUUCAACAUUUUUCAGGAAGAUGCUGUUCAUGUUCUGGACAUAGACCCUGGUGUGAAACAGAGCCUAAAGAAAGGGUUGAGUAUUAUUGGGUUACGAAGAAUCUUUGAAUCCCGAGGAAGAUCCAAGGUUGCUGUUGACAAUCUUAACCUGGAGCUUUAUGAAGGACAAGUGUUGGUACUUCUGGGGCACAACGGUGCUGGCAAGACAACUGUUAUCUCCAUGUUAACAAGAGAGCUGAAACCUACAGCUGGCACCAUAAAAGUGUAUGGUCAUGACAUCCACCAUGCAUGGGACAAGGCUCGUAGAGUCAUGGGUCUCUGCCCUCAGCAGUCUGUGCUUUUUCCCUACCUAACAGUACAAGAGGUUCUUCGCUACUAUGCUAUACUUAAAGAUUUUGCCACAGAGGCACCACGAACAGAUGUUAACACAGUGCUACUCAAGAUGAAACUCUUCAGCCACCGAGACUACCUAGUAAACCAGCUGUCAGAGGGUAUACAAAGAAGAGUGUGUAUGGCUAUAGCUUUCAUUGGCAAUUCAAAGCUAGUCAUCCUAGAUGAGCCUACUGCAGGCAUUGAUCCAGCAGCACGUAACGCAAUUUGGGAGAUUAUUAGUGACAACCGGGCUGGUCGUACCAUCUUGCUGACUACACAUCAUUUAGACGAGGCAGAAACUUUGGCUGACCGUGUGGCUAUCAUGAACCAGGGAAGACUUUUGUGUGUUGGAUCACCUCUGUCUCUUAAAUCUGAGUAUGGGCUAGGAUACACACUCACUCUCAGCAACAGAAGUCAUUAUGAAGAAAUCCCUAUCAAGAAAAUGAUCCACCAAUCUUUGUUAUUAUCUGCCAACCUGGAAGACAAACUAUUACCUCCUACUGAUGUAAUUUUCAGUGUUGGCAGAUAUGAUGAUAUGUGGGAGUUAAUUAAGAGUCAUGUGCCAAAUGCACGUGUCUUGGAGACCAUCAAUGGUGAGGUGACAUACACUCUUCCUCUGUGCGAUACCCAGGGCAAUGAUAAUAGGCUUCCAGAAAUGUUUGAUGAGCUGGAAAAGCGCAUGGAUGAGUUAGGGUUUGCAUCACUGGAAAUCCAUCCCACAAGCCUAGAAGAUGUUGUAAUAGCUCUCAACGCCACCAGUUCUAAUGUUCCUCAUGUCUUACAAACUCGCUCUAAGUCUAGAAUGAAACCGAUGCCAGAGGACGAGAUCCUCCCAGGGAAAGAAAAUAUAAAGAAUGCAUUCAACUUCAAGCCUGAGGAGACACAGCAAGGAGUGAGACUAGGAAUGCAGAGAUUUUCAGCACUAAUCUUAAAGAGACUCUUACACCAUGGAAGAGACUGGCGUUUCUAUGUCCAGACUCUUGUGCUGCCACUUCUGUUUAUUGUCCUAGCAAUGAUUGGAUCAAAGUGUCGGCCAACAUACAAGAACCUACCACCUCUCACUCUCGACCCUGCAAUGUAUGCUCCACCUACCUCCACAUUUAUCAGAACCUUGGAUCCUGCUUUAAAGCCUGUAGCUGAAGCAUUCCUCCAGCUGUCAAUUGGGAAGAGAGUCAGCACGAAAAAUUGGUUCACCUGUCCCAGUUAUGUUGAUACUAACCCCAGAUUCUCUCCGUGUAAUAUUUCUUCUAUGGCUGCUUCAUCACUGUGUAAGUGUGAUGAUGGACGGUGCAUAGCUGAUGUAUCAAAUCAACCAAGACUUUAUGAUUGGUUAUUAAGGACUAGAUGGCAGUAUAUUCAAAACAGUGGCAGUAGGUAUGGAGGUAUAAGCCUUGGUGUGCAAGACCCUCGCUUGAGCAGUAAUUGGUCCGGUGCGAUGGUAUGGUAUGAUGACUUUGGUUACCAUGCACUGCCAGCCUAUGUCAACAUGCUGAAUAAUGCCCGACUUCAGAGACUUCUGGGAAAAAACUACUCAAUCACUACCAUUAAUAAGCCAAUAGUCUUUUCUAAUCAUGGUUUUGCAAGUAUGUCAAUACAACAGCAUGCAGCUGACCUUGGCAUAGGACUACUGAUCCUGGUGUCACUGACAGUAAUGUGCUCUGCUACUGUGGGUUAUGCAACCACUGAGAGAAUAAGAGGUGAACGCAGAGUUUUAUAUGUUGCUGGUAUCACCAGACGCACCUACUGGACUGCCAACAUGGUAUGGGAUGUCAUGGUGCUGUUGAUCACUGUUUUACUGAUAGCUAUCUUACUUGUGAUCUUUAAUGAGCAAAUGUUCAUCUGGAGGGAAAACUUGGCAGCAUUCAUUAUCCUGUGUCUUCUAUAUGGAUUUUUAAUAGUUUCGUUUUUCUUUUCCAAGGAGCUGAAGUUUGAAUUUGGAUCUUCAGUGAUUAUACUGGAAGACAUUGCAGGAGUAUUGAAGUAUAUAUGUCUGAUCUUUCCUCCCUUCUCCUUUGUCAUUGGAAUCAAGGAUAUGGCUGUUAGUUUUACCAAGGCAUCCAUAAUGUCUCAUUUUGAUAUGGACAUAUAUAUGUCACCCUUCUCAUGGGACACCAAGAUGCAGGGAGGACUGGGCCUACACUAUUUGAGUCUGGCCCUAUGGAUGAUAGUUGGCACUGUGGUCCUCCUCUGCUGGCAUGAGUGCUCAAGAGCAGUGCCUCAGUCUGCAGCUCCAACCAAAAACUUGGCUGGGGCAGAAGAGGAUAAGGAUGUGGCAGCAGAGAGAAUUAAAAUCCAGUGUGGUGGAACAUCACUCUAUGACACUGUGUUGCGGCUGGUGGGCCUUGGUCGUGAUUUUACCUCUCCUCCAACAACAGCUGUCAGUAACCUCUUCCUAGCUCUCAGACGUGGUGAGUGUUUCAGUUUGCUUGGGCUGAAUGGUGCUGGUAAGACCACAACCUUCCGUUGUCUAACGGGUGACCUGCGACCAACUAGAGGGCAGAUAUUGGUGAAUGGGCUGAUCUUAGAAGAAGCUCUGGCCUUACCUUAUCCUAUUAUGGGCUACUGCCCACAGAGUCAUGCCCUCGACCCUAAUCUAACAGCAAGAGAGGCAUUAUUUAUCAUGGCACUAAUCAGAGGGUUCCGCAGCAGUGACAUUACUCCAGUAUUAGAUCGAGCCAUUAAGGAGCUGGGACUGAGUGAAGAGGAGAAAACAUACAUACAUCAGCUAUCUGGUGGCACCAAAAGGAAGGUGUCCACAGCCAUGACACUGCUGGGUAAUCCACUGCUUGUGCUGCUCGAUGAACCCACCACGGGAAUGGAUCCAGCCUCUCGCCGUUUAGUUUGGCGUGCAAUACGGAGUGUGACCAGCGAGGGCCGCACUGUGUUGCUGACAUCACAUUCCAUGGAUGAAAUUGACCAGCUUUCUCACAGAAUGGCUAUAAUGGUUAAUGGACAAUUUGUCUGUAUUGGGUCACCUCAUUAUCUCAAAUACAAACUUGGUGAAAGGUACACAAUACGGCUAAAAACAAAGGAUAUUGAAGACAUGGAAUGUGUUUUAGAUUUUUUGCGCAGUCAACUUGCUGAUGUUAUUCUCAAGGAACAGCAUCACCUUACUGUAGUAGCUGAAGUGAGUCGUUGUUUGCCACUUCGACUCAUCUUUGAUUCACUCAAUGCUGCAAAGUCAAUGGGAGUCACAGAAUAUGAUGUAUCACAGACAACACUAAAUGAAGUGUUUCGUGUGCUAACCUCACAACAGGGAGAUGGACAAGUGGCACCUCCUCCUAUUACAAGUAGUCAAGAGGAGGUGAUCCUUCCCAUGCACCUGUCAAGCCUCCAUCCAGUAGAUAUCAAGGAUCAAUCAUCCAAUAUUACAUUCCAACCAUUGGGAUUUAUGUCCCAUCAGUCUAUGACGCCAUUAGACGGGGAAUACGAUCAGAUCUCUAAUGUCCGUAGAAGUCUCUAUGACAAUGUAGAAUCGGAUAAUCGAGAAAUUUAUGCAACAGUAGGUAAAUUAGGCGAUAAGAGGAAACCUUCUCCUGACUUAGAUCAGGAAAAUGAAAGUGGAUCAUCAGAUGAUAGUCCAGAGGAAGAAUGGACACAUCUCUAGUCACAUAAUGAUGGGUAAAUAAGAACAAGAGUGUCCAUUUAUAUUAACUCAGUUUUUAACAACGGUGUAAGAUACAUUAUCAAUAAAGAUGAAAGGGAAAAUGAUACUUAGAUGCAGUGAUAUGUACUUUAACAAUAACAUUUCAUGUACACAGUGAGCAUUAACCCUUUGACUGUUUCAGUCGUAUAUAUACAUCUUACGCACCAUUGCUUCUGACGUAUUUAUACGCGUAAAUUCUAGCGGCUUCAAAUCAAGCGGGAGAAAGCUGGUAGGCCCACAUAUGAGAGAAUGGGUCAGUGUGCACCACAUAAAAAAAUCCUACAGCACGCGGUGCAUUAUGAGAAAAAAACUGACCAUUUUUUUGGAUUAAAACGGCGACUUUGAGGUGUAUUUUUAUUUAGUAUUUACCGUUGUAUUCUCGUUUUCAUGGUCUCAGGUGAUAAAAUGGAAAACAUAUUACAGAAAUAGAGAUGAUUUUGAUUACUUUCUAGCCCUUGGGGCUUAGCACUUCUUUUGAUUAUAAUAAUAAUUUGAUUACUUUCACGAUGAAAACGACCUUGAAACUGAGCUCAAAGUAGCGGAAAUGUUCGAUUUUUACCAAAGUUCAGGAGUAAGCAAAUCACACCACACAUCCAAUACACGUCAACUGGGGAGUCUAAUAUUCUUUCACUAGUGCAUUGAUAUUAUUUAUAUCAUUUUUACAAUAAUGCAGUAGUCUGCAUAACAGUAAAUUUUGUAUUUUUUUGUAUGAAUAAAAAAUCAAAAUUGAAAGCAAUAGUAAUAUAAGAGUGGCCUAGAGAUGUGACUAAUGAACAGAGGAUAUGUUAUUUUAGUGCCAAGAAUGUCUACAUUGUUUAUUCUGGACCCUAUUUUGAAAUUGGCAUCUUUUUUAAUUUGCAUGAAAUUGGCCAAAUUGCCAAUUUCUGACCACUUCAUUGGGUAAUUCAAAUUGGUAAAAGGGGCAGUUUCUUGUACUCAACUGAUAAGAGAAAAUGGAGUUCUAAAGAAAUAGCUAUGAGUUUGGUCAACUGGAACAACAGAAUCGGCCAAAAACAGGGCUAAAAGUCAGCGAAAUCGCCGAUGCGUAUAUGUCACCGAGACCACUAACUUCGCGGGAGCAUAAUUCCAUGAGUUUUCGACCAAAUUUCGUACUUUUGGUGUCAUUACUAUCGGGAAAAGAUUCUCUAUCAUUUCAUAAGAUUUUUUUUUUUUUUUCCAAAAAUUUAUCAACAUAGAAUGACAGUUUCAGAAAGGGGCAUGCGAUAGUCAAAGGGUUAAUAAAGUCACUAGAGGAGUACUAUAUGUAUCCAAAUACAGAUAAAGAAAGGUAAGGUGCAUGGGAGUAUCUCAAGGUGAGGGAGCAUUGCAGGAUUUACACCAGACUGUUAUGUUUGUUCCUCUACACCUUGGUAACUUAGAAAUAUGGUGUAAGCUGAUGAUUACUUCACCUUGUCAGUAUUUAUAUACCAUUCCAGUUUCAAUAAAGAUGACGAAUGGUAAAGCA